UGUAAAAUCAUGAAUAAACCAGAAAGUUGGGUGGGAGUGCUUCUCGUUUUCAUGUUGGCCCUUUUUCCGAAACCUUCUUCCCAAUUACUGGUGUCUCAGGAGGAAUUGCUUCAGCUAUGUGAAGAUCUGGUUGCUGCGGACGUGAAUAGUCUAGGGCCAUCUGUGGUGGCUUUUGAUCUGCAAGAAAAUGCUUCCAACCAAACUGACUUGGCUUCCGGACCUUUGUACUUGGAAGCUGUUCCAGCGUCAUUUCUGGCACUGCCAACCAUUGCUGCGCUCGUAAAAUUGUUCGACAAUUACGACCAUUACGUUGGGGCACCGGAAAACUCCACUGCUGAGGAAUUGCAAGAAGUUGAGGAUUUCCUGGAUGUCAUGCUGUCCACUCAGGUUUUCAACGUGCUAACCAACUUCCUGCUCCAAAAAGGUACAAUAGAGCCAUAA